AAAUGCAGAAACCAGUUGCUCAUGAACAUUUAUUGAGCUAGGCAUUUUACUAGCUAUUUUACUUAUCGAUAGGUUAUUUCUCAUGAUCUCAAACUAGUUCUCUUAUCUGAGAAGAGAAACGUACAAUGGUGUCUUAAACAUCUUGAAAUCCCGGAACAGCUAAGUGAUAGAAAGGGGCUUUGAAUUGACUUUUCCACUCCAUCCCCAUACUCAUGAGAAGGCCUGUUUUCUCCUCUAGAAAGGUGGUACAGCGUCUCUUCCCAGCCAGAACACCCGCCGUUCUGAAUAUGAAGAGGAUCAGUGACAUGCCUUUGAACUCCACAAAAGCAGAGACAUCUCCACCAGACCAAGAAAAUCAUUUGACUCCUGAGGACACAGAUUUGGUGCCACAGAGGCUGCUGGACAACCAGGCAGAGAAAGAAUGCGAGAAAGAAUUCGAGCAGGAAUGCGAGGCUGGUGUUGGUUUGCAAAGGGACGAGGAUGAUGCUUUUCUGUGUGAAGAUGUGGAGCUACAAGAUGGAGAUCUGUCCCCCAAAGAAAAAAUAUUUUUAAGACAAUUUCCCAGAAUGAGAGAAGAUCUAAAAGGUAACAUCGACAAGCUGCGUGCCCUCGCAGAGGAUAUUGACAAAACCCACAAGAAAUUCACCAAGACUAAGUUGGUGGCCAACUCCACUGCUGUCGUCUCUGGGGUGGUGAGCCUCCUGGGUUUAGCCCUUGCCCCAGCAACAGGAGGAGGAAGCCUGCUACUCUCCGCCACUGGUCAAGGUUUGGCAACAGCAGCUACGGUCACCAGCAUUGUGAGCGGUUUGCUGGAGCGCUCCCAAAAUAAGAAAGCCCAAGCUCAGGCUGAAGACAUACUGCCCACCCAUGACCAGGAGGACAAGGAAGCUGCGGAAGAGAAGGCAGACUAUGUCGGAGUCGCUAUAGACAUUAUCUGUCACGUUAACAACACCAUGAAGAACGCCAAACACAACGUCCGUGCAUUUCAGAAAAUCAGAGCCAACCCACGCUUGGCCAAUGCCGCCAAGCGUCUUCUGACCACUGGCAAAGUCUCCUCCCGGAGCACCGCACAGGUGCAAAGGGCCUUUGCAGGGACAACACUGGCAAUGACCAAAAAUGCUCGCAUGCUGGGAGGCACGAUGACCACCUUAUCCCUUGGCCUUGACUUGGCCGCUCUCUCAAGAGAAUGGAAGCACCUGAAGGAAGGAGCGAGGACAAAGUUCGCGGAAGAGUUGAGAGCCAAGGCCUCGGAGCUGGAGAUGAACCUCACAGAACUAACCCAGCUGUACCAGAGCUUGCAGCAGAAAGUGAGGUCAAGGGCCAGAGUGGUGGCGAAGGUUCUAACGGGGACCUGUGAAACCAAGGCUUACUGGAAGGGGUUAAGGGAGCAUGUGUGGAUAUUUGUGUGUCUGUGUGUGUGUGUCUGUGUGUAUGUCAUGUUUACAUGAAUGCACCUCAGGACACGGGUAUACAAUGGCCUUGGAGGCCCAAACGGUAUCAAGUACAUCUUGGAGAUGAGGGUGCCUGUCCUGGACACACGUGGGCGUGCCUUCUGUUUCUCCCUCAACACUUCUUAAGGCCCAUGUGCUGGGAAAAGGGUCUUCCCAGUUUGUUUGUUUCUUUGCUUUGAGACGGGGUCUGUGUCACCCAGGCUGGAGUGCAGUGGCGUAAUCUCUGCCUCCUGAAAGCAAGCAGUUCUCCUGCCUUCGCCUCCCAAGUAGCAGGGAUUACAGGCACACACCACCAAGCUCUGCUUUUUUUUUUUUUUUUUUUUUUUUCAUUUUUAGUAGAGACAGGGUUUGACCAGUUUGGCCCGGUUGGUCUUAAAUUCCUGACCUUAACUGAUCUAUUGACCUUGGCCUCCCAAAGUGCUGCGAUUACAGGAGUGAGCCACUGUGCCCAGCUGAGUCUUCCCAGUUUUAAAAAAAGGACACUGAACCACAGGGGGAGUUAGGAACUAAAUUGCCUUCUCCUUCUAAUUCAUAUGUUGAAGUUCUAAACCAAAAUGUGGCUGUAUUUAGAGAUGGAGCCUUUGGGAGGUAAUUAGGCUUGAAUGAGGCCAUCAGGGUGAGGGCCUAACAUGAUGGAAUUGACCUCCUUAUAAGAGGAGCAGAAACACAAGAGGGCCUCCCCACCCCUGCUGCGCAGCUGCACUGAAGAAAGGUUAUCUGAGGACACAGCAAGAAGGUGGCCGUCUGCAGGGCAGAAGAAGAGAGCCCUCACCAGGAAGUAAAUGAGUCAGCAGUGCAAUCUGGGGCUUCCAGCCUCUAGAACUGUGAAACAAUACAUUUCGUGGUGUAAGCAACCCAAUAGUAGUUUGUUACUAUUUUGUGAUAGCCACCAAAGAUGACUAAGCCAGGGAGGUUAUGUCACUUGCCAAGUGUCUUAGUCUGUUUGUGCUGCUAUAACAAAAUACCUUAGACCAGGUAAUUUACAAACAACAGAGAUGUAUUGCUCACAGUUCUGGAGGCUGGGAAGUCCAAGAUCAAGGCACCAGCAGAUUCCUAUCUGGUGAAGGCUCACUCUCUGCUUCACAGAUAGCACCGUCUGGCUGUAUCCUCACAUGGCAGAAGGGGCAAACAAGCCCCCUUGGGCCUCUUUUAUAAAGGUACUAAUUCCAUGGCCUAAAGGCAGAGUCCUCAUGACUCUAUCACCUACCAAAAGGCUCCUUUUCUUUAUACUGUUGGAGGGGCAGAAGGAACUUCCUUUCUAGACCUCGAAGGUUUAAGAAUUUGAAUCUAUGAAACAAGCUGACAAUAGACAGAUUAACAGAAGAAAAGCCUUAUAAAUUUUUUAAUGUGAGCCAGAUGGCAAAAGCUUAAAUAGCACCCCAAGCUACAGGAAAAGGGGCCGCUGAUGGGGAGGUGGGGAGGUAGUGACACAAGCCUUGGGAGGGGGGAGGGGGAGGAAGUGUGUGGUGAGCAAAGUUUGUCUUAUUACACAGAUAAAGUGUCUCAGCUAACAGCCCUUAGAAGAAUACAGUCAUUGGCCAGGCACAGUGGCUCAAGCCUGUAAUCCCAGCACUUUGGGAGGCCAAGGCAGGUAGAUCACUUGAGGUCAGGAGUUUGAGACCAGCCUGGCAAACAUGAUAAACCCUGUCACUACUAUAAAUACAAAAAUUAGCCAGGUGUGGUGGCAGGGCACUCACUUAUAAUCCCAUCUACUUGGGAGGCUGAGGCAGGAGAAUCACUUGAAACGAGGUCACUGUGAGCCAAGAUCAUGCCACUGCACUCCAGCCUGGGUGACAGAGCAAGACUUCAUCGAACAAGAAGAAGAAGAAGAAGGAGGUAGAGGAGGAGGGGGAGAAGGAAAAGGAGGAGAAAGAAGAAGAAGAAUACACUCAUGUAUCUCUUCUUUAUUUUUUAUUUUAUUUUUAUUUUUAUUUUUAAAGACGGGGUUUCACCAUGUUGGUCAGGCUGGUCUUGAACUCCCGACCUCAGGUAAUCCGCCCGCCUUGGCCUCCAAAGUGCUUGCAUUACAGGCGUGAGCCACCACGCCCGGCCUUACAGGCAUGUAUCUCUUGGUGAUGAGAUUACAUUCUGAGAAAUUGGUCAACAGGCAAUUGCAUCCGUUGUGCGAUUAUCGCAGAGUGUACUUAUACACACCUAGAUGGCAUAGUCUACUACACGCCUAGGCUAUAUGGGAGGGCCUAUUGCUCCCGGGCCACACACCUGUACGGCAUGUGACUGCUGAACGCCGCAAGCAAUUGCAACACAAAGGGAAGUAUCUGUGUAUCUAAACAUAUGCAAACAGAAAUAGGAAAGUAAACAUAUGGCACAAAAGAUAAGAAUGGGCUCUCCUGUAUAGGGCACUGUCUAUGAAUGGAGCCUGCGGGGCUGAAAGCUGUUCCAGAAGAGUCAGCGAGUGAAUGUGAAGGGCGAGGACAUCAUUGUGUAUUACCGUAGGCUUUAUAAACACAGCACACUUAAGGUACACUAAAUACAUUUAAAAAAAAAAUUCUGAAACGAUGUAUUUUUGUGAAUGAGAGUUGGCAUGUCAAAUGCAUCCUCUAGAAAAAUAGUGUUAUAGUCUUAAGAUUUGUUUUCUAAAGUUGAUACUGUGGGUUAUUUUUGUGAACAGCCUGAUGUUUGGGACCUUUUUUCUUCAAAAUAAACAAGUCCUUAUUAAAUCAGGAAUUUGGAGAAAAAUCACAAAAAAAAAAAAAAAAAAAAAAUUCUGGCUGGGUGCGGUGGCUCACACCUGUAAUCCCAGCACUUUGGGAGGCCGAGGCGGGCGGAUCACGAGGUCAAGAGAUCAUGACCAUCCUGACCAACAUGGUGAAACCCCGUCUAUACUAAAAAUACAAAAAUCAGCUGGGUGUGGUGGCACACACUGGUAGUCCCAGCUACUCAGGAGGCUGAGGCAGGAGAAUCACUUGAACCUGGGGGGCAGAGGUUGCAGUGAGCCGAGAUCAUGCCACUGCACUCCAACCUAGCGACAGAGCAAGACUCCAUCUCAACAAAACAAAAAAAUUCUUCCUUCAGUAUAUUAGGCAAUAGGAAUUUUUCAGGUUCACUAUAAUCUUAUCGAACCAUAAUUGUACAUGCAGUUGACCAAAACAUUGUUAUUGGACAUAUAACUAUAGUUGAAAGAAUGAGCCAAAAAAAAAAAUCUAUCUAGGUGUGGUGUCUUGAGCAACUUUUAAUUAUUUUCCUGUUCUGCAAUAUGAGUUAAUCUUCUCUGAUUGACAUAGAUUCUAGUAAAAGGUGUCCAGGACAAUCGCCUUCCUUCUGGAGAAACUUAUUAAUCAAAUAAGAGAACUUCAAAGAAAGCCCCUCCCUUGUGCUUUGGAAGGGAAGGGAAGGGGACAGGAAUGGCCCUUCAGUCUCCUUUAUUCAAAGCACCUGGCAUGCCAAAGCACCCUAUUUUAGGGUAUCUUUUUCUGAGCCCCAAACACUACCACGUUGGGAAUGUCAACUAUGAAAGGAAAAUAUCUUGGGGCUCCAGAGUAACUAAGGAAAAUUCAAGCCGGAAGAUGCUUAGGGCAAACCUGCCUCACAAUUGAUUCAAAGUUAUCCCUCUGCUCACUGAGACAGAUAGAUGUGUGAUUGCCACCUUUGGAAAGGCUAAUCAGAAACUCAGAAGAAUGCCACCCUUUGUGUCUCACCUGCAGGUGACCUAGAAGCUCCCUUCCAGGCUUCCAGUCAUGUCAUCACUUCAAGUUGUCCCGCCUUUCCAGACUGAACCAAUGUACUUCUUACAUAUAUUGAUUGAUGCCUUACGUCUCCCUAAAAUGUAUAAAACCAAACUAUGCCCCAACCACCUUGGCCACAUGUCGGGACUUCCUGAGGCAGUGUUACAGGUGUGUCCUCAACCUUGGCAAAAUAAACUUUCUAAAUUAAUUGA